AUGGGACAUCCCAUAAGUCAGCCUGAUUGGAAGCCUGCCCCGCCCGCGCAAGUGGAGUACAUCCCUGAGUCACAAGUGCUGUUUAUUGAGAACGGGCAGGAUAGCGCGGUGGGCGACGACUUCGCCGAGCACAUUAUUGUUCACUACGAUAACGACGAUGUUGCCGCGCCUGCCUCGCUCGCGGCAAUUCGCAUUGACAAUGCAGAAUAUGUGCUCAAGCCAUUCGUUGACGCAAUUCUAGCGAAGUACGGCGUGUCGCUCGAUGCCAUUCAAACUCCAAAGUCAGUGAAGUCUAAGAGUGGUGUUAUCUUGCAGACAAUUGUUAACGACCCCGGCGACUUCUCCUAUGUGAUAGGGCCAUACAAGCAGCCCGUCGCAACGGUCUCGCCGGGUGAAACCUUCGUGGUGGAGACCGCGGACGCCUUCGAGAACAGGAUUACCUCGCCCGACGACGACAUCACGAAGAUAAUCACGCUACCAUACGUGAAUCCCCUGACCGGCCCCAUAUAUGUCGAGGGUGCUGAGAAGGGCGACACUCUCGCCGUCACAAUCCACUCCAUCGAGGUUACGCGCGACUACGGCGUCAGCGCGCUGAUUCCCGAGUUCGGCGGCCUCUGCGGCACUGUAUUCACGCGCACGCUGAACCCGCCUCUGCCACCGCGCGUCAUGCUGCAUCCCAUCAGCAACGGCGAGAUUACCUUUUCCGAUGACUUGGACAUCGCGGCGAUACCCUACGAGCCGUUCUACGGCACUAUCGGCACCGCGCCCGAACUUGAGGCAAUCUCCUCGCUCGCGCCCGGCUUCCAUGGCGGCAACAUGGACGCUGCUGAUGUGUGCCCCGGCAACACCAUCCACCUUCCCGUCAAUGCUCCCGGCGCGCUCCUGCACAUAGGCGACGGCCACGCGGCGCAGGGCGAUGCGGAGGUCUGUGGCGUCGCAACGGAGAUUCCCACGCGCGGAAUUCUGACCGUCGACCUAAUCAAGGGGCAGGCAAUCGCCACACCGAGAGUUGAGUCUGACGAUUUUUUGAUGACCGUCGGCAGCGCCCGCCCCAUGGAAGACGCGGCACGCAUCGCCUUCUAUGAGCUUGUGAUGUGGCUGGAAUCGGCUUAUGGCAUUGAGCGGCUGACAGCGUAUCAACUCUGUUCGCAGGUCGCCCGUGUGCGACUCGCCAACAUGGUGGACAUCCUCUACUCGGUCGUCGCCAAGUUCCCAAAGCGCUACCUGCCGCGAUCCUGA